AUGGCUGCGAACCACACCCCGCCGGCAUCGCCUCCGUCCCCCUCAGCGUCAUUCUACGAUGUUAGCGACGACGAGGAGGGCGAUUAUAACACGGUUACUCAUACAAGAUCUGGAAAGGGAGUGAAGCUGCUUUAUUCCAAAAGCAAGGUCUACGUCCAUCCAAGCGCAUCCUCAAAGGACAAUAUACCAGGCUUUAUUGCUUUGAUUCAACAGAAGCAGCCUGCUUCUGCUGUCCCUCCCGAGAGCUCCUCAUCCUCUCCACUUUCAGAUAAAAAGAUCGACCCAUCCUCACUAUUAUUGUCCUGGGUGCCGGAGGCCUCAUUGGGAGACGAGCGCAAUGUCUACGUUAAAGUAGAUUUAUCAGACAGCUCUUCGCCUCCACGGACGUCCUACCUUGUCCCGCCAUUGCCCACGACUGAGAGCAAUCUGGGUCCUAUCGGAUCAUACGCCUUCGCCAUCCCACUCUCCCGUAUAUAUUCACUCUUGGUUCGGCCACCGAGCUUGGGAUGGUGGUUUGGUAGUGUGAUUAUCAAUACAAAGGCUGGCGAUAGCUUUCCUGCAUUGUUCUUCCACGACAGCGAAUGUGAAUCCACAAUACUGCAAAAGAAGAAGCGGACAAAGGAGAAUUUUGACCCCUUUGCUUCCGAUGGGAGUAUGUUCUGGGGAGGUGACGAGGUGCUUCGAUGGCUACGACGAUAUGUCGAAGUUCACCGUUCAGGUGAAGACCCAAGCGCCUAUCUGAUCAACCCAACUGAUGAAGAUAAGACCGCGUUUGGGCAAGCCAAAGGUAAGAUGGAAAGAUCGGGCGGUGAGCCUAGUUCCAGCAAACCCCCUCGAGAUGCGACAAUGGACCCCUUUACAAAGGCCCUAAAGGAAACGAGGUGGAUGGUUCUUGAACAGUUUAGCAAGAUUACAACAUUCACCCGCAGAACAGCUCAAGAUAUUGCGGACAAUCCUAGAGUACCUCCCCAAAUGAGGCGCUUGAUGAGGAAUCCUGAAGUUCAAACGCUGCAGGAUGAGUUCGACAGCGCUAGGUUAUAUCUUGCCCGCUGGGCAAUGGGUAUCGCGGAACAGAGCGAACGCGAGCGCAAUCAGCGAAUAUGGACAGCAAACGACGUUCUCGCCAUGGAAAAUAGUUCCGUGGGAGAGUUCGAAAUUCUUGACAUGGAAGCAGCACAGAUGAGCAUCAGUGAUAAGCGUAAACCAGUCACCCUUGAAGAGUGGAACGGGUGGUUCCAUAAGACGACCGGAAAACUACAGAUCACUGUUGACGAGGCCAAGGAGCGAAUAUUCCAUGGAGGACUUGAACCGAAUGACGGUGUUCGAAAAGAGGCAUGGUUAUUCCUCCUAGGCUUUCAUUCCUGGGAUAGCAGCGAGGAUGAACGAAAGGCUAUCAUGAAUUCAAGACGAGAUGAAUACAUUCGCCUGAAAGGGGCUUGGUGGGAGCGUAUGAUUGACGGAACUUCUACCUCUGAGGAGCAGGAGUGGUUCAGGGAGCAGAAGAAUCGAAUUGAGAAAGAUGUUCACAGGACAGACCGCAACAUCCCGCUUUUCGCUGGGGAGGACACGCCACACCCAGAUCCAGACUCGCCCUUUGCAGAGACUGGCACAAAUGUCCAUCUGGAACAGAUGAAGGAUAUGCUACUCACGUACAACGAGUACAACACUGACCUUGGCUACGUACAAGGAAUGAGUGAUCUGCUAAGCCCGAUAUAUGCUGUAAUGCAGGACGACGCAAUCGCAUUCUGGGGGUUUGUUGGAUUCAUGAACCGAAUGGAACGAAACUUCCUCCGGGAUCAAUCCGGAAUGCGCCAACAGCUUAUGACCCUGGACCAACUCCUUCAACUCAUGGACCCAAAGCUCUACCUCCAUCUCCAGAAGGCGGAAAGCACCAACUUUUUCUUUUUCUUCCGAAUGCUGCUAGUCUGGUUCAAACGUGAAUUCGAAUGGGUCGACUGCCUGAGACUUUGGGAAACUUUAUGGACAGACUAUCUGUCUAGUAACUUCCACAUAUUCGUUGCUUUGGCCAUCCUGGAGAAACACCGUGACGUGAUCAUGGCGCAUCUUCAUCAUUUUGACGAGGUUUUGAAAUACAUCAACGAACUCUCAAAUACAAUCGACUUAAUCCCAACGUUAAGCAGAGCAGAGGCUCUCUUCCGGCGUUUUGAGAAGAAGGUUGAAGCUAUUGACAAGAAGUAUAACUUCCCACAAGCGCCAGUUCGGCAACGAACAACACGGCUGGCAUCUCAACCAAGCAGCUCCACAUCGCCUGACGCAGGUACCUCAGCUACGACCACCGGAGCUAAGCCAGGAGUUGGUGGAGGCGUAACCCCCGCCAAUACGGCAAGCUCUAAGUCUGAGGAAACAAACGUUGACCGAAUAAUUACUUCUCAGCUUCGAAAUCUCCUCAGCCGAGAGGUGGAAGUUAUGGAUGCUAAAGAGAUUCGAGAACAUAGCCGUCGUGGGAUGAAAUAA